AUGACUACCCUUAUUCUCAAGGUUGAUGAGAACGGAGAAACAAAGGAAAAAGGUGUUGUGUUUCUUCCAGCUUUACCGCUUCCAAAUAACUAUCAAGAUGGUGAUUACUUGUUCAAUCUAAGACUUGUUAUUCCUGCUGCUUGUCCAAUCUCUAGAAACGGUAUUGUUUGGAUCAAUGUUCCUGAAGAUGCUGACACCCCUUUCGAAAGAUCAAAAUAUCAUAAAAGAGCUAUAGAAAAUUCAUUCACGUGUGAUAAUGAAUUGGAUUUCAAGAUUUAUAAACCUGGUUCUUAUAGCUACUACAUUUCCUAUAGAGAUGAUUCUAAUCAUUUAAAAACCACUAGAAAGUUUUAUUUUGUUGUUCCUCCUUCACUUUAUAUCAAUAAUGAAUUUAUCCCAUUAAAUGCAAUUGCUCUUGAAUCUGUUAUUUCCAAAUGGUUGGGGCCAAGAACAAAUUGGGAUAAUGUCUUCAAUGAAAUCUCAAAGAAGAAUUAUAAUAUGGUUCAUUUCACUCCUUUACAAGAAAGAGGUGAAUCAGACUCUCCUUAUUCAAUUUUUGAUCAAUUAACUUUUGAUCCAAAUUUAUUUGAAAAUCAACAAGAUGUUGAACAAUUGGUUCAAAAACUUCAGAAAGAAAAAAAUUUAUUAUCAAUUACCGAUGUUGUCUUCAAUCAUACUGCUAAUAAUUCAACUUGGCUUAGAGAUCAUCCAGAUGCCGGUUAUAAUAAAGAAACUGCUCCUCAUUUAAUUUCGGCUAUUGAACUUGAUGGGAAAUUAUUGGAAUUUAGUGAUCGAUUAAAAGAAUUGAAUUAUCCAACUAAUUUAAACAACGUUUCAGAUUUACUUAAAAUUAUGGAUGGUAUCAAAGUUCAUGUGCUUGGUGAUUUGAAGCUUUGGGAAUUUUAUGUCAUUGAUGUUAAAAAUUCAUUGAAUGAAUUGAAACAAAUUUGGGAUUCAAAUCACCAAUUUGAAAAAAUUGAAAUCCCUGAAGAUAUUAAAGGUUCGUUAGUUAAAUUGGCUCAUUUCGUGGCCGAAAAUGCUGCAACUAUUACACUGGCUGAUCGUUACGCCAAUAAAGUUGAUCCAUUAAAAUUGGCCACUAUCUUGAACUCUGCCUUUGAUGUCCAUUCUUUCGAAGAAAUUGAAGAGAAUGCUCAUAAAAUCCUAGAUGAAGUGAACUUACCAAGAUAUAAAGAAUAUGAUAAUGAUGUUGGUGAUAUAAUGGAGCAGUUAUUUAAUAGAAUUAAAUAUUUACGUGUUGAUGACCAUGGUCCAAAACUAGGUGAAAUCAACAAGAAGAAUCCAUUAACUGAACCAUAUUUUACCAGAUUCACUGCAAAAGACGGGAAAGAUUAUCAAUUAGCUAAUAACGGUUGGAUAUGGAAUGGUAACCCAUUGGUGGAUUUCGCUUCAAAUCAAACCAAAAGUUAUUUAACUCGUGAAGUUAUCAUCUGGGGUGAUUGUGUUAAAUUGCGCUAUGGUUCAGGUCCUCAAGAUUCACCAUAUUUAUGGAACAGAAUUGAAGAAUAUGUGAAGUUAUCUGCAAAGAUUUUUGACGGUUUUAGAAUCGAUAAUUGUCACUCUACACCAUUACAUGUUGGAGAAUAUUUUUUGGAUUUAGCAAGAAGAAUUAAACCAAAUCUAUAUGUUGUUGCAGAAUUGUUUUCUGGCUCGGAAGAUAUGGAUAAUUUAUUUGUGGAAAGAUUAGGUAUUUCAUCAUUAAUCCGUGAAGCUAUGCAAGCUUGGUCUGUUGAUGAAUUAUCAAGGUUAGUUUACAGACAUGCUGGUUUGCCAAUUGGUUCUUUCCAACCAUUACCAUUAGAUGAUUUUGCUUAUCCUCCAGAUGGUAAAGAUGAAGUUAUUACAAAUUGCUUGUCAGAAAUACAAAUUCCAAGAAUCUUGAAACCUGCUCGCACACAUGCCUUAUUUAUGGAUUGUACACAUGACAAUGAAACUCCUUAUGAUAAAAGAACAGUUGAAGAUACUUUACCAAAUGCUGCUCUUGUUUCAUUAUGUGCAACAGCGGUGGGCUCAGUAUUUGGCUAUGAUGAGUGUUAUCCACAUCUAUUAGAUGUUGUUAAUGAGAAAAGACAGUAUACUUUUGGUAAUGGGAUUGGUGAAGUUAAAGCUAAACUUUAUGAGAUCCGUAAGUUAAUUUCAAAUUCAAGCUACAACGCAGAGGAUCAUGAAAUGCAUGUUCAUCACGAGGGUCAAUUUAUCACAUUACAGCGUUUGAAUGCGAAAACUGGUGAAGGUUGGUUUUUAAUUGCUCGUACUAAAUUUCAUCAAGCUGAAGAUCAAUGGUUAGCACCAGUGGUGUUGAAAGGUACCAAAGCCAGUCAUGAAUUUUCAUACAGCUUGGAGAAAAUUGGCGAUCCUUCAAAUGAUGAUUCAAAAUUAACUUCUGUUCCAGUGCACGUGAAGAAAUUAGAAAGUCCAAAAGUUGAAUAUAUAAAUGGUGAUUCAGAGAUUUCGUUACCAGAUUAUUUUCCUCAAGGUUCUAUUAUUGUUUUAAAGACAACAAUCGAGAAUGUGAAUCAAGAAUUGGAUGAUUAUAUAAGAAAUGGUGCUAUAAAGUCCACAGAGGGUUUAACUUUAUAUGAUUUAAAUGCUUUAUUGUACAAGUGUGAAUCUGAAGAAAGAGAUGCAAGUGCUGGUCAAGAUGGUGUUUAUGACAUUCCAAAUCAUGGCAAGCUUGUGUAUGCUGGAUUACAAGGCUGGAUUUCUGUGCUGAGAGACGUUAUCCAGAAUAAUGAUUUGGCUCAUCCAAUCUCGGAUCAUUUGAGAAAUGGUCUGUGGGCAUUAGAUUAUAUUACAAAUAGACUUCAAAAGUAUAGAGAUGAUGGUCCAAUAGAUACUUUCACUCGUUGGUUGAAAACAAGACUUGAUAGAAUUAAACAAGUUCCAUUCUUCUUGGUUCCUCGUUAUUUUGCUCUAGUCAUUGGUAUUGCUUAUGAAGCUUUAAGAUUUAGAGCAUUAACUUCAUUUGUCCCUGAAAUUCAAAAUGGUAAUUUAUUUUUACAGAGAUUGGCCCUUACUUCAAUUCAAAUGACUGGUAUAAUGAGAUCAACUUCUUUGGCUCCUUUUAAGCAAGUACCAAGUAUGGCGGCAGGUUUGCCACAUUUCAGUUAUGAUUACAUGAGAUGUUGGGGAAGAGAUGUUUUUAUUUCAAUCAGAGGUUUAUUAUUAGCCACUGGGAGGUAUGAAGAUGCUAGAAACCAUAUAUUGAACUUUGCUGCUACGUUGAAACACGGUAUGAUUCCUAAUUUAUUAGAUGCCGGUAGAAACCCACGUUAUAAUGCUCGUGAUGCUGCUUGGUUCUUUUUGCAGUGCAUUCAAGAUUAUAUCCACAUCGUUCCAGAUGGAGAGAAGAUACUCCAUGACAAAGUCAAAAGAAGAUUCCCAUUAGAUGAUCGUUAUAUUAAACAUGAUGAUCCAGAAGCUUUUAGUUAUGAAACUUCUAUAGAAGAUAUUAUUUAUGAGAUCUUGUCACGUCAUGCUAAGGGAAUCAAAUUUCGUGAAGCAAAUGCUGGUCCACGAUUAGAUAGUCAAAUGAAAGAUGAAGGUUUCAAUGUUGAAGUAUUUGUUGAUUGGGAAACAGGAUUAGUUCAUGGUGGGUCACAGUUUAAUUGUGGUACUUGGAUGGAUAAAAUGGGUGAAAGCGCAAAGGCUGGUAAUAAAGGUGUUCCAGGAACUCCACGGGAUGGUGCAGCUGUUGAAAUUAAUGGUUUAUUGAAAAGUGCACUUAGAUUUGUUAUUCAGUUAAACAAGAAAGGGUUGUUCAAAUAUGACUCUGUUGAGAAGUCGACUGGUGGUCAAAUUAAAAUCAAAGAUUGGGAUGGUUUACUUCAAGAUAAUUUUGAAAAGUGUUUUUACGUCCCAAAAGAUCCUAAAGAAGAUUCAAUGUACCGUGUUGAUCCAGCUAUUGUCAAUAGACGGGGUAUCUAUAAAGAUCUUUAUAAAACUGGUAAGCCAUAUGAAGAUUAUCAACUCAGAGCCAACUUCCCGAUUGCAAUGACAGUUGCACCGGAGUUAUUUACCCCAAGUAAAGCGUUAGAAGCUUUAAUCAUUGCAGAUGAGGUCAUUAGGGGACCGUUAGGUAUGAGGACAUUAGAUCCGUCAGAUUACAACUACAGACCUUAUUAUAUUAAUUCAGAUGAUUCAGAUGACUUUGCUACCUCAAAAGGUAGAAAUUAUCAUCAAGGUCCUGAAUGGGUUUGGUGCUUUGGUUACUUCCUGCGUGCUUUCCAUGCAUUCCAUUAUCAAGACGAAUCAUUCAAAAAUGAUUUAGGUGAGCCAUCAUCUGAAUUGAACCAGUUACUCGCUGUUAGACUCAAAGAGCAUAGAAAAUGGAUUAGAGAAAGUCCAUGGGCUGGUUUAACUGAGUUGACCAACAAAGAUGGAGAGCUUUGUCAUGAUUCUUCUCCAACUCAAGCUUGGAGUACCUCAUGCUUGUUGGAUCUUCACUUAGAUCUUUGGAACAAAAAUUUUACUUCAUAA